AUGGUUGACUUGGAGAUGUGGAAAAAGACCCUAACUGUCUGGGAGUCUCUGAAAGAGCUGCUGAACCUCCUUAACCAGGAUCGGCCACAUGGUUGGGGUGCCACUAUUGAGGUCCUUGUGUUUCUUUUCUGGCUGGCAAGUGGAGCAUCCUACAGAGUUGUUUCCAGAGUGUUUGUUAUUCCUCGCUCCACUGUUCACCACAUCGUCCACAGGGUCACAGAGGAGGUGGUGGCUAUUCGCCAUCAGGUUAUCCAUCUCCCUCGGACUCCUGAAGACCUAGAUGUCCUGUCUCAUGGGUUUGCAGGGCUGGCAAGACACAGAGCCUUUUUAAAGGCUGCUGGUGCAAUUGACGGCUGCCAUGUCUGCAUCAAGCCUCCCAGCGGCCCUGAUGGUCAUUGCUACAGAAACAGGAAAUUGUUCCCAUCCAUACUCCUGCAGGCAUUUUCUGACCAUCAGGGCCGCUUCAUCGAUACAUAUGUGGGCUGGCCUGGGUCAGUGCAUGACUCCAGGGUGCUACGCAACAUCCCACUGUACCGGCAGGCCAUUUACCCUCCUCCGGGGCAUUUCAUCUUAGCAGAUGGAGGGUACCCAUGUCUCCAGCAUCCACUUCCCCUCAUCACUCCAUACAAGAGGCCAGUUCAAGGUGUGGGAGCCCAGCGCUUCAACUCCUAUCAUUCCAGGGCACGCUCUAUUAUAGAGCGUGCUUUUGGAAUGAUGAAGACGAGGUUCCGGGCCAUCUUCCUUCAAGUGCUGGAGGUGCACCACACCUUUGUACCACAUGUCAUAACAGCAUGUGCUGUCCUACACAACAUCUGCCUCGGUGCUGGUGACACUAUGGACCUGGAGGAUGCACCUGAGGAUGAUGUGCAAGAUGAGGGGGAGAUGGGUUUGGAGGCAGUCAGUGGUGCUCCCUGGCGGGACCAGCUAUCUGCUGAGGUGUCUGCCCUGGAGGAUCUAACCCCAAGACCAUGA